CUAUUAGUGUUAGCACAUUCCUUAGACGAUCGAUAUCUAUUCAUCUGUGAUAUUCAUAACGGUCAUCUCAGCAGUCAUACUCAUGAUGUUUGCACUUAUUUGGCAGCAAUGGAGCCGGCAGUAAUUUUUGCCACCGCAGCUUCAAUUUUUACUUUAAAUAUAUCCGGAUCAUUCAUCGAAUGA